CCCUGAGCAGAAGGAGCAGCAUUCGGCCCAAGAGGAGAGCAAGCAGCCGCACUUGCAACUCCAAAAGCACGGGGAGCAAGUCAAACAACAAGAGAGGCAGGUGACAGCGACGGAGCAAGUUGGACAGGAACAGGAGCAAAUAAGACAGAGGCAGGGACACCAAGAGAAGCCCAAACUACAGGAGGAGGGCGAGACCCGGCAGUUGCAACCUGCUGAUGAGGUCUCGGCGCAAUUGGAGGAGGAUGAGUGGAUUUUCCAGGUCUCUCCAGCGGGAGAGGCUGAGCCCAGCGGUUCUCAAGAGGCGUUGCAGCCGUAUGCUCGUGGAACAGCUGCAGGUCCCUCGACGUCCGAGAACGUCACCAGGGAGGAGGUUCCGGGGCUUGCUCAAGCUCUUGCGGCAUUUUCUGGUAGUGCCUCAGGGGUUUCAAGGGAUAAGGGUGCUGCCGUUCCCGGUAUGGGUGCAGCAGCAGCUGCACCAGCAGGCAUGCCUGCCGGUGGCCGGCCUAGUGCGGACCCGUUCUCUGCUGCAUCAGCAACUGCCGGAGGGGGCAAUAAGUUGAGUGCGCCGUUGCUGGCUAGUCUUCUGACGUCAAGAAUAGGUGCGGGUGAAGCACUAGCAGAAGCGGCACCAGCGGCAGAUUCUCGCCUAAUGGCACCUGUAGCGACUCCGGCACAACAGGAGCUUCCAGGGCCUGUGGAGUUAAGUCCUGCUGAUUUAGUUAACCACCCUUUUGUGCGGCUGCCGGUGCCGAAGUUAUCGAAGGUGCAUCAGGUGAUUGUGGUGGACUUUGAACGCGCCCUGACAACUGCUAUUGGCACGCGCAGCGCCAUCCCGUCGCUACAAAAGGCUCGUCAGCUUCUGGCACUUGAGGUUGUUGACGUUUCGGACAUGAUGGAAAUGGCCGUAGUUGCAGCAGAACUGAUAGAGCACGCAUACCACUACGAAUGUCAAGACCUGUCUCGUCAUCAUACAUUCCGUGCAGUCAAGCGACUAGGGGUCCGUUUCCUCAUAUUGGAUGCUGUGGUUUCUAUCUUGACUGUUCUGCGGCAAACACCGGAUCCUAAACUUUGGGAGAGAUUUACAGAUGCCAUUAGUGACGCUGCGCCUCCACCUACGGAAAGGGCAAACUUCGCAGCACGAACGCUCUUCUUUACACACCUGACGCAGAAGCUCAGCAGUGCAAUACAGUUACUCAAGAGGGCUCAGAGACCGGAACCCGCAGAACUCCUGAAGAUCAAGCGGAUGCUCUUCUGCUCCGAAUACUCUCCUUCGGGUCUCAAGCAAAGGGAGUUUGAUUCCUGGAGGGCGGAUGACAGUAACAGGUUUUUUGCACUUGAGCUUCUUUCGCCACAAGAGAUCGAAAUGUAUACCCAUUAG